AUGGCGGAUUUCGACGUGUACGAGUCUCUUGAGACCCGGCAGCAGUUCUGGGAAGAGCUUGACGAUGUCGUGACCACCCAAUACCAAUCGCACGAUCUGAUUGACGAGACGCUUAGAGCCUGGCUGCACCUUGCCUCAAGAUUCAGGGAUAAGUUCUACGAUGCCGAGGACGAUGUCGCCGUCUGCUGCGAUAAGCUCCUCUCCAGCCAUCUGUUUCGAGAGAAUAAAGAAUACAUUCGCACCCAGAUCGUGUACAGCCUUCUUCAAGAAGAUGACACGGCAUCACUUCACGUCAUCGCCCUCUUCCUCCUCCUCGAUGGCCAAUCCGACGAGUCAACGUUCUCCCGCAUGAUUGAGGAAGCCUGCUUUCCACGGCUGCUCGAGCUCAUCAAUGGGCGCAAAGAACAGGACCCGAGACUACACCGUCUGUUGCUGGAGCUAAUGUACGAGAUGUCUCGUAUCGAGCGACUGCGUGCUGCCGACUUAAUGCAAGUCGACGAUGGCUUCAUUGCCUACCUAUUCCAAAUUAUCGAGGAGCUGUCUAACGAUGUCCACGAUCCGUACCAUUAUCCCAUCAUACGCGUCUUGCUUGUCUUGAAUGAGCAGUACAUGCUAGCAUCCACCGACGUCGCCGCUGACCCGACAUCUCCCACUGCACCCCUUACAAACAGAGUCAUCAAGUGUCUCAGCAUCCACGGAGCUUUGUUCCGAACAUUCGGAGAGAACAUUAUUCUGCUGCUGAAUCGUGAGACAGAGACCUCACUCCAGCUCCUGAUACUCAAGCUUUUAUACCUUCUUUUUACUACCAAAGCCACCUAUGAGUACUUUUAUACGAACGACCUGAAAGUCUUGCUCGAUGUCAUCAUCAGGAAUCUUAUGGAUCUUCCAGACGAAAAAAUAUCCCUCCGCCACACAUACCUCCGCGUUUUGUAUCCACUGCUGGCGCACACACAGCUAAGCCAUCCACCACAUUACAAACGAGACGAGGUGAUCAAAGUCUUGAGGAUCCUGGGCGGACUGGGCAACCCCCAUUUCGCGCCUGCCGACGAAACAACAGUUAGGCUGGUAGAUCGUGUUUCCAAGGUGAAGUGGCUGGGCGACCAGGAAGCUUCCGGCGAAGCGGAGGUAGCUCGAAAGUUCCUGGGCAUCAGUCUGUCUAGAUCGGAGACGGCGAGCAGCGUUAGUGUUGUCGAUGUGGCGGCCGUUAUGGAGAAGCCCGGAGUCAUCACCCCGAGUCGUAAGGCCGAGGCCGGCAUGGAAGCCAAGGGGGAAGGAACGAAGGCGAGCGCAAGCACGGCGCGGCAAAAGAAGCCACUCCCGGAGGUGCCCAAACACAGGCACGGCACCCCCGUUGGACCGACCGCGACCUUGCAUUUAAACGGACACAAGAAGAUACCGCCCAAGGCACCCCCGCCACGUCGGAGGACGAAACUCAAGCCCAUUGAGCCUACCGCAGACGAUGCUCUAAGUACAGACUCGUGA